AUGGAAAAUUUAUACUAUUCAGAUAUUAACAAUUCUGUUUUCUUAAGACAUUAUGACAAUAAUUUAUUAUUAGUAAGUGGAAAUAGAAUUAAAUUUUAUGAUUAUGAAGAAAAUAAAAAUAUAAUUAGAGCUCGUAAUAUUGGCAUAUAUAACAUAAAAGAUGUAGAUAAAAAUGAAAAGAUUGUAUAUGUUUCCAAUAAUAUAAAAUUAAAAAAACAUAGAAAUAAUAUAAAUGAAAAUACAUUAAAUAAUAAUAAUUUUUUAAAUAGUGAUACUAAUUUAAAUAAAGAAGAAAUUAAUUAUGUAUGCAUUGCUUUUGAACAAGGAAAUGUAUGGUUAUGCUCACAAGAAGAAGCAAAUAAAUUAUUUGUUUUUGAAAAAUUAAUAUAUAGAAAAAUAUGUGAUAUAAUUAAAAUUAAAUUAUUUGUUCAUAAAAAUAUUAUAAAUUCUUUAAUAUUAUACAAGGAUUCUACAUUAAUUUUUAACAAUGAGAAAUUACAGAAUUCCAUCAAGUUCCCAUUUCAUGAAUACACUUAUAAUUUUUGUUUAAGUAAUAAUUAUCAAAACGUAGCUUUAUUUAAUCAUAAUAAUUUAUAUAUUUAUGAUAUUUUUAAAAGUAAAUUUCAAAUAGAAAAUAAGGAAUCAAAUAUGAACGGGGAUAUGCAUAAUACAAAUGAUGAUAAUAGUUGUGUUGAAGUUAAGAAUAUUUUUAAUUUAUCAAAAAAUUACAAGUACAUGUUAAAUUGCGAUUGGCAUCCAAAUAAUCAUUGUAUAGCAUUAUGUGGACAAAAAUCAGCUAGAUAUUUAACUUUAUAUAAUUAUAAAGUUUAUGAUUUUUCUUGUAUACAAUUGCAUGAAGAAAUUAUUAAUUUGACAAAAUUUAUCUCAAUUUCGAAUAAUGUGAUUUUAUUAAUUACGUUAAGCUGCGCUGAUUAUUUGUUUUGUAUAUGGGAUUUUGAGUUGGAAUGCUGUUUAUAUAAAUUUAAAAGUGAAUAUUUAGUAUCUCAUUUUGAUCUUUCUUAUUUUAAUAGUUAUUUACAUAUUUCUUUAUUAGCAGAGGAAAAUCAUUUGGCAAAUAUAAAAUUAUUAGAUAAAAAUAUUUUAAAAAAAAUAGAACAUAAUGAUUCAGGAAAAGGAAGCAAUGUCGAUGAGGGAAGCAUAUUUGCAAAUGGUUAUGAACACACAAGUAAUGAAAUAUCAAAUAAUAAAUAUAAUUCAGUAAACAAUAUUAAUUUAUGUGAUUAUAAUAAUAAAAAGAAGAAUGAUAAUAUAAAUAAUUUUGAAACUGAAGAUGAUAAAAUUAAUAAAGAAUAUGCUUCUUCCAAUGAUGAAAAGAAGAAUAGUAAUUAUUCACAAAAUUUUAAUUUAAAUAAUUAUAAUAAUAAAAAAAGAAAAAAAAAAAUAUUUAUUGAUGAUGAUGAAACUGAAGAAUCUUUUAAACAAUCUUUUAAAAAAUUUGCAAAAGAUAAAAACUUAGAUAAAGAAAAUAAAAGGGAAGACAAAGAAGAGCAAGGUUAUGAAAAUAAAAAAGUUGAUAAAACUAAUAUGAAGUAUGUAGAAAAUGAUGAUUAUAUAUAUAGUACAUAUGAUAAUAAUAAUAAUAAUAAUAAUGAUGAUGAAGAAAAUAUAUAUAAUCCGAAGGAAUAUAAUUUACAAAAUUUUAUAAAUAAAAAUAAAGAUGUUAUAAAUAACAGGGAAGAAAAUUUUUUAUUCGAAAAUGAUGAUGAUCAAAAAAGUGUAAUUGGUUUUAAUUGUUAUAUUAAAGAAAAAUUUGAUCAGCUAAAAGAAUUAAAGAAGCAAGUAGAUUCAUUACAAAAACAAAUUAUGAAUUAUACUAAAAUUAAUCUUGAUGAUUUUAUAGUUUUAGUACCAGGUUUAUGUGAAGAACCGGAAAAUAUAAACGAUCAGUGGUGUAUGUUUUGGAAUGAUAUUGGUCAUAUAACAAAAAAAAAGGAAGGAAAUAAAACUUAUAUUUACAUAUUUUUAUUUAGAGGAGAAGAAGUUGGUAGGAAAAAAAUUACAGACUUAUAUAAUGUAACUUGUGCAUCUUUAAGUACAAAUGGUUUUGCGUUAGCUUCAAAUCCAUAUGAAAAAUCCCCUUCAAAAAAUAAUAGCAUAUUAUGUUUUCAUAAUUUAAAGGAUAAUAUUGUAUGGAAUAAAUAUUUACCAGCUGAUGAAUUUAUAAAAGGGGUAGCUAAUGGUAAUAAUUUUGUUGCCGUUGUUACCUCUAACAAUUUUCUAAGAAUAUAUUCUGUUUAUGGUUAUAUUAUUAAUACUAUUCUGUUGAAAGGUUUGCCUGUAGCUAUUUGUGCAUAUGAUUAUUUACUUUUUGUAGUAACUUGCCAAUAUAUUUUUGAGAAUGUUAGUAGUUAUAAUUUAAAUAAUACAUAUAAUUGCACACUUUAUAAAAUUUAUGAGAAUUUUACUAAUAUAAAAGCAAAUAAAUAUAACACAUAUCAUAUAACUAUAUUAUAUGACGAUAUUUUAUCUCUUCCAGCUUGUCAUUAUUUAAAUUGGAUAAAUAUGUCUAACUUUGGUAUUCCUUAUAUAAAAGAUACAUCUAAUUAUAUAUAUGGUUUAUAUCCAUUAUUUAAAAAAGAUAAUAAUAUUGUUUAUGAUUGGGUUCCUAUAUUUAAUUUAAAUAAUUUGAAUGAGAGCGAGGAAAAACAAAAUAAUUAUAAAAUAAAUGAAAAAGAUUUAUCAGAAGAAAAUGAGGAAAAUAAUAAAAUGCAGAAUGAUAACAAUAACAAUGAGAAUGAAAUAAUUAGUAGUGCUAGUUAUAAUUAUUAUCCUUUAUAUUUUGAUAAUUUUGAGCAAAUAUCUGUUAUAAAAUUGAAUAAAAACGAAGUAGAACCUUCUUCUAAUAAAAUUGAAAGUUGUUUAGGAUAUAAUGUAGAAAAAAAAUAUAUUAUUAUGAGUGAAUGUAACUUAAUUAAAUAUGAAAAAUAUGCUAAAUUGCUACAAAAAAAUCCAAAUUUAUCUUUAGAUAAUGACUCCAAUAAUGAUGAGUCAGCUAUUUUACCAUGGGAACAAUAUGAUGAAAUGAGAUGUAGGGUUGACAUUUACUGCAAGCAAUUAUUUAUAAAUAUAUUUUAUGAUUAUAUGAAUGAUGGAAAGAAUAAAAAUGCUAACGAUACUCUUAAAUCUUUAAAUAAGUUAUAUGAUAAAUGGAUCAUGAGAAUGUUUGCAAUACUUAAAAAUGAUAAAAAAAAUCAAAAGUUAGCUGUUAAAAUAUCAAGAUUAUUUAAAAAUAUAAAAAAUAUGAUGUUAGCUUUAAGUUUAGUAGACGAUGAAUAUAGUACUUUACAUAGUGAACUUACAAAUGAAUAUCUAAAAAGACAAAUUAAAGAUGAAAAUUAUAAAAAUUAUGAAGAAAAUUUAAAUUAUGAGGAAGAUUAUAAGGACGAAGAACAAAAUCGUAGAGAAAUAUAUGAAAAAUAUUAUAACACUAAUAAAAAUAUAUUAGAAGAAGAAAAAAAAAAUUUUUCUAAUUUUAAACAAAAUGAUCAAUUAUUUAUUAAUUCUACAAAAAAUAAUUUAGAAAAAAAAGAGAGUAGGUUCUUAGACAAAUUUUUUACAGGUGUAACAAAAAAUAAAAAUUUUGAUAAUCUUUUCUCUAAUGAAAAAAAAAAUACACAAAUUAAAAAGAAGUCAACUUUAGAGGAUUUGUUUUCUGAAAUAAAAGAAAACUGA